AUGGCAUCGUCGGAAAAGCGAUGCUUAUACGAAGUCCUCGAACUCGGCCUCGACUGCUCAGCUGAUGAAAUCCGGUCGGCGUACCGGCGGCUGGCGCUUCAGCGCCACCCCGACAAGCUCGUCCGAAGUGGCGUCCCUGAAGCGGAGGCGACGGCCGCCUUUCAGGAGCUCGUCAACGCUUACGAGGUCCUAUCCGACCCACGAGAGCGAGCCUGGUACGACUCGCACCGGAACCAAAUCCUUUUCUCCUCGACCUCCGCCGCCAGCGGUUCGUCGGGUUUCGUGCCCGAUUUGUUUUCAUUCUUCUCAAAUUCGGUCUAUAAUGGGUAUUCAGACUCGGGGCGGGGUUUCUACAAGGUUUAUGGGGAUUUGUUUGACAGAAUUUAUGCCAAUGAGUUAAAUUUCGCGAAGAAAUUAGGGUUGGCAUUGCCGAGGGAAGCUCCGGUCAUGGGCUGUUUGGAGAGUCCUUAUGUUCAGGCAAGAUUUGUAUUUUCUUUGAAUUAUUUUGCUAGCCUGUUUCUGGCUGUUGAGAAUUCUUUUCAAAUGCGGGUCACAGCAUUUUAUAACUACUGGUUAGGAUUUAUUACUGUGCUGGACUUCUUUUGGGUGGAUGAAUAUGAUGCAAUGGCUGGACCAAACAGGAGAUCAAGGAGGAAAAUGGAGGAGGAGAAUAAGAAGUUGAGGAAAAAAGCUAAGAGAGAGUAUAAUGAGACAGUUAGGGGACUGGCAGAGUUUGUAAAGAAGAGGGAUAAGAGAGUAAUUGAUAUGAAAUUAAAGAGGAGUGCGGAGAUGGAGAGGAAGAGAGAGGAGGAGAGACAGAAAAAGAAAGAGUUGGAGAGAGAGAAAGCAGAGAAAGCUAGAAAUUAUGAGGAGCCUGAGUGGGCCAAGGUAGAGGCGAUUGAAGAUGACGAGGUUGAGGAUGUGGUGUUGGAGAAGAGAAAUGAGUUUUAUUGUGUAGUUUGCAGCAAGAAAUUCAAGAGCGAUAAGCAAUGGAGGAACCAUGAGCAGUCUAAGAAGCACAAAGAGAAAGUGGCAGAAUUGAGGGAAGCAUUUAGCGAGGAAGAUAAAGAAUAUGAAGCUGCAACUGAAGGGAACAGAAGUGAAGCAGAUGAUGAAGACGAUGUUGGUUAUUUGUCAGCUGAUGAGGAGGUAAAUGAGUUAGGGGAGCAAUUUGAGGGAAAUGUUGGUAUUCAAGAAAAUAUCAGUAGUGAUGAUGGACAGAAUGAAUCCAGUAUGGCAAAUAAAUUUUCUGUUAUUGAUGAUGAUGAUGAUGACAAUAAAAAUAGCAAUAAUGAAGAAAGUGAAUUAGAUGACAAUGAGAUGAGCAUCCUUGAAGCUAUGUUGUCUGAGCAUAAAAGCAGGAAGAAGUUGGGCAAUUGGCCUAAGGCUCCAGCUAACAAAGGUGAAGAUAGCAAUGAAUUGGAGUUCAUGGAGUAUAAUGACACAAAGGGUUCACGGAGAAAUAGAGGUGGCCGGAGGCGGAAGGGUAAAGGUCAAGAAGAAGAAAAAGAACAAGUGGAAACUAUGAAAACAAAUGUGGCAGAAAAAAGUGGUGUGCCUGAGGAACAUGAUGAGGAAGUUUAUGAUGCUGGGGAGCCCAGUUCUCAUUCCUUACCAGAAUCUGGGACUAAGAGAGCAGAUAAUAAAACAGAAAGAAGGAAUAAACGUUUGCAGAAUGCUGCAAAAAAGAAAGAUUCAACAAAGAAGGAAAAUGUUUCCAAGCAGAAAGCUGCAUCAAAAGGAAGAAAAGAAAGGGUGGCUACAAAUGGUUCUGACAACACGUGUGAGAAGUGCGGAGAACAAUUUGAAACAAGGAACAAACUGCAUAAACAUCUGGGGGAGACUGGACAUGCUUCACUAAGAUACCAGUGA